GCCCCGAUUCGUUGAAUGAAUGUGACAGUACACCUUGCUCUGUCGGAUUGAACCUGUCUGUCGGUGUCCUUUCCGACUGACUCUCAAGACGAGAAAUUUGAACGAAGUAUUGUCAUUGUCGGAUUAUGACUCAAAAGUUUUAGUUUGAUUUAGUAAAAUGGCAGGUGUACCAGGUGGCAUGGAAGCCUGGGUGGUGCAACCAAGGGAACGUGCCCGAUACGCGGAGCAGUUCAUGUCACUUAAUCCCAUCAACGGAAUUGUAACUGGAGACCAAGCUAAAGGAUUCUUACUUCAAUCACAGCUGCCUCCGGCGGUUCUGGGACAAAUAUGGGGCCUAGCGGACACAGAUGCAGAUGGCAAAAUGAAUAUAAACGAAUUCAGCAUAGCUUGCAAACUCAUCAACCUGAAGCUGCGUGGUUUUGAAAUACCAAAAGUUCUGCCUCCGAUUCUGCUUCAAUCGCUCACCCAAGCUGUUGCACCUGCAGCAGCUCCUGUAUCUGCUCCCAUGCAAGCUCCUAUGGCUGCACCCAUUGCAGCAGUCACUGCCCCUCCAAUCCCACCACUACCGAACAUGGGCACACUGCCUCGCAUGCCUGCUGCCCCAGCGCAACCAGGGGUCAUGCCCAUGCAGCCAGGGGUCAUGCCGGUGCAACCAGCAGUUAUGCCCAUCCAAGCAGGGGCUGUUCCUAUCACAACGCAACCGAUGAGCAUGAGUGCACCCGUUCCCCAAGCGGGUGUUCCACUCAUGAUGCCGGGCACCGUGCCUCAGACAGCUAUGCCCAUGGUGCCCGGUGUACUGCCAGCCGCCGUCCCUGGAGCAAUGCCUCAAGCCAUGCCAGCCAUGCCAGCAGCCCCGGCUGGAAUGAUUCCUGGAGUUGUUCCGUCAGCCCCUGGAAUGACUCCAAUGCCAGGGGUCACCCCUGUGUCAGGAGUCACUCCCGUUGCCCCAUUGGACCUGAACAAACCAAUGGCUCCAUCUCUGACUGGCACACCCACAAGUGCACCAGGGAGUGCAACAGGCAGUUACAGUGGAGAGCGAAUGGGUUCUGUAGAUCUUGGAUUUGGUUAUCCACACAUUGAAUGGGCAGUUCCUCACCAGUCGAAGUUGAAAUACACCCAGCUGUUCAACACGACAGACCGAGCUCGUUCAGGGUUUCUCUCUGGACCUCAAGCAAGGAAUAUUAUGGUUAGCACUGGAGUACCCCAACGUGUAUUGGCAUCUAUUUGGGGCUUGGCUGACAUGGAUUCAGAUGGGCGUCUUUCAUGUGAAGAGUUUGUUUUAGCCUUGCACCUUUGUGAUAUGGCUAAGGCUGGAGAGAAAAUACCAGCAGCUCUCCCUCUUGACCUGAUUCCUCCAUCUUUUAGGCGGCAGAGGCAAGGGAGUGUUCCUGGCUCUGGUGCCGUCGUUACACCUGGGUCAGAUAAAGGCGUUGAACUAGAUGCUGCAGCUACUCUUAUCAGUCAAGUUACAUUUGAAGACAAGAGGAAAGAAAACUUCGAAAAGGGCCAAGCAGAACUUGACCGCAGGCGCAAGUCUCUGUUAGAAAUACAACGUAAGGAGCAGGAAGAGAGAGAACGAAAAGAGAGAGAAGAACAAGAAAAGAGAGAAAAAAUAAGGCUUGAGCAAGAACGUCGACGUCAAGAAGAAAUGGAAAGACAGUUGCAGCGCCAAAGAGAGAUGGAGCAGGAAAAAGAAGAACAGCGCAAAGCACAGCUGGAGCAGCGUGAGGCUGCACGACGGGAGAUGGAGCGACAGCGCCAACAGGAAUGGGAAAAGCAGCGCAGUCAAGAACUGCAACAGGCUAGACAAAAGGAGCAGGAAAAAGUGUUGUCAUUAAAGGCUCAUAACCAAAAACUUGGCAUUGAUCUCUCUCAAUUGAAUGAAAAAGUGAAGGAAUUAACCACUAAGAUAAGUGAAACAAGAAUGAAUGUGUCUUCUGUUAAAACUACCAUUGAUGGCAUGCGGGGCACACGUGAUACUCAAAUGAGUGAAAUGCAAGCUCUAAAACACAAGCUGAAAGAUCAGAAUAACCGACUUUUAUUGUUGAGUCAGGAAAAGGCUCGUAUUGAGUCUAAAAAUAAGAUGAACCAAGCUCAGGAUGAGGACAAUAAAGAGGCUCUGGCUCAAGCUGCCAGUGCCAAGCAAAUUGCUUUAAAACAGAUGCGGGACCGAAUUGCAGAUCUUGAAAAGGAGGUCGAAGCUAAGAUGGAAGACAUGGAAAAUAAUAAUACUCAACUUACUGAUCUCAAGAAUGAACUCUCAAAGCUGGUAGAUGAAUGUGAAACUCUCUAUAAUACUUUUGAUGAUCGUAGAUCAAAGGUUCUUCAAAUUAAGUCCAAGAUGAAGAAAGUUGAUCCACUUGAUGCAAAUGCUGCGUGGGGUAACUCAUCGUGGGAUUCCGCUCCUUCAUGGAAUGAUGACUCAUCCACCGCAGCUGAUGCUGCUGUCCCUGCACAGAGCGGCCUCUGUAGAUAUCGGGCUCUGUAUGAGUUUGUAGCUCGCAAUCAGGAUGAAAUUUCCUUCCAGCCAGGAGACAUUAUCAUGGUUCCACACACUCAGAAUGGUGAGCCAGGGUGGUUGGCAGGAGAAAUUCGAGGGCACACUGGCUGGUUCCCUGAAUCUUAUGUUGAGCCCAUUGACACACCUGCUGAAUCUGCAGAAGCUAUUGAUGCAGCAGCCACAAGUGCAAGGCUUGAGGGUAUUGCGGAAGUCCCAGAGAAUGUUAGUGAUGCAGGCUCUGCGGCAGAUCCUGCUCUUGCAGCAGCCCAAGUGCCACCUGCAGCUGACGGUCAAGAGUGGUACAUGUCAAUGUACCCAUACGAAUCUGGAGAGCCUGGUGAUCUUAGUUUUGGCCAAGGUGAAAUGAUGCUUGUGGUCAAGAAGGAUGGUGAUUGGUGGACAGGUGUCAUUGGUGACCGAACUGGCAUUUUCCCCUCCAAUUAUGUACAAAAAACUGACUCCACUGCAGGCACUGCCACAUCAGUGCCAGCAGCUGCUGCCACUACUCAUCCCGCAGUUUCAGAUAUUUCUGAAGAAGUCAUGGCGGCCAUGUCCAAAACUGCAGCAGAAGUGCAGUCACUCCCUCAGCAUGAGAAGCCAGCCACUCCUGACUUUGCAGCACUCAACCAAUCAACUCUGGCUGAAGAGGAUGCUGAUCCUAAGGGCUCUAAAGGGAAAAAGCCUGAAAUAGCAACAGUGUUAGCACCUUAUAAGGCAACGAGCACAGAGCAACUGAGUUUGAACCGAGGUCAGCUUAUUAUGGUUCGCAAGAAGACUGACACUGGCUGGUGGGAAGGGGAGCUGCAGGCAAAGGGCAAAAAGCGUCAAGUUGGAUGGUUCCCUGCUUCUUAUGUAAAAUUAGUUCAGAAAAAGUCUGGUCAAGACACACCUCCUGCUACAACUGUAACAUCAGCAGCUGCCUCCCCAUCCCCCUCACCCACUCCAAUGUGCAGAGAUGGAGGUGCAGGACUAGAAAAAGUAAUAGCCCUGUAUCAGUAUGUUGCCCAAAAUGAAGAUGAACUGAGUUUUGAAAAGGACGACACCAUCACUAUCCUAGCCAAAGAGGAAGCAGCAUGGUGGCGUGGCGAACUUAAUGGUGUCUCUGGUCUCUUUCCCAGCAAUUACGUGGCUCCUCUGUCUAUGAACCUUUUAAGUGGGGUGGAGAGGAAACGCCAAGAUAGUAUAGCUGAACUCAUUGGUACCGAGCAAGCUUACAUUGAUGAUAUGUCAAUUGUACAUGAGGUAUUUGAAAACCCAUUGAUGCAGAGAGGUAUUCUCAGCAAAGAACAACUCCAAAAAGUUUUUGUUAAUUGGAAAGAAAUUAUAGUCUGCAAUGUCAUGUUUCUAAGAGCAUUGAGAGUUCGAAGAGACAUGAGUUCUGGUGGAGUAAUAAGAAUGAUUGGAGACAUUUUGUGCGAAAAUCUGCCAAAAAUGAAGGUUUACGUGAGGUUUUGUUCAUGUCAGCUGACAGCUGCGUCUACUCUACAGGAUCUUCAAGAAAAUAGUGAAGAUUUCCGUGAAGUGUCACGAUUAUGUCAGAGAGACCCUCGUACAAAAGGCCUUCCUCUUAGUUCAUUUCUUAUUAAGCCAAUGCAGAGAAUCACCAAAUACCCUUUACUUAUUAAAAAGAUAUUACAUUAUACAAGUAUAGACCAUCCAGACCAUUCUUAUGUUCAAGAAGCUUUAUCAAAGGCAGAAGAAUUAUGUAAUCAGGUUAAUGAAGGUGUACGGGAAAAAGAAAAUUCAGACCGCCUAGAGUGGCUGCAGCGAAAUGUUCAAUGUGAUGGCUUAAAUGAACAAAUUGACUUUAACUCCCUCACUAAUUCACUUGGGCCUAGGAAGUUUCUUCAUCAUGGAGUUCUCAUAAAGGCUAAAAGUGGUAAGGAGUUGAUGGGAUUUCUUCUUACUGAUUUCCUUAUGUUAGCAAAGCCUUCAAAAUCACUUACUGGGAAACAAUUUUCAUUUGAAAAAAAUAUGAGUGUCUCAUUUAAACUCUACAAAAAGCCCCUAAUAUUGAGUGAUAUCCAAGUGGCUGACAACUCUGGAAAGAUCUCACCUACAGAACCACCAGUUGAUGCCACCGAGAGAAGAGAGCUUAAACUGGAAUUGAUUGAUGCUGGUACAAAUCUCGUUCUUCUAGCACCUAGCACCACUGAGCGCAAUCUUUGGUUUAAGAAAUUGGAUUUAGCCAAGCGUCAAUUUAUGGAACAUGAACAAAGUCACUUAAGAAGACAGCAAUCCAAACAAGCUCAGUUUGGCGCUGUAGGACGCAUCUUAGCAGUUGUCAUGAACGGCUUAAACCUAAAUUCAUCAGGGGUGCGCCAGCUACCACCCAAAGGAACUCUUCUAAUAUCUGUGUUGCAUGGGGAUGAGAUGGCUCUAGUAAGGCCUUCAGGAAAAUGUGAAGCAUUUUGCAAAGUCACAAUGGGAUCGCAGGAGCACCGCACUGCUGUUGCAAAUGGUCCUGCACCUCAGUGGAAUGCAUCAAUGCAGUUUCUUGUUAAAGACCUUCAAGAAGACAGAUUAUGCAUCACUGUCUUUGAUCGUGGUCACUUCACCCCUGAUGAAUUCUUAGGGCGCACUGAAGUUCGAGUUUCUGAAAUUUUGAAGUCAUCUUCAGAAACUCCAGGGCCUAUUUCUAAGCGAUUGAUUUUGCAUGAGGUAGAAACUGGGGAAGUUGAAGUUAAACUAGAUUUACGACUGUUUAGCAAAGAACAGUGAAAAGCUCUCUGCAUUCUUUGUACUGUUAUAGUUAAGCAUAAGCUUCAGCUAUUUGUAAUCUCCCUUAUAUUUAAGACCACUUGGAUCAUGGAUGUGAUUAAAUUUUGCAGAUUUUGUAGGAUGUUGACUAGAUGUUAAUAAAUUCCAAAAACACA